UCAAGAUGGCGGCGCCACCGCUCGUCAGCGCCGACACGUGGGGUGCGUCUAUUAUGUCUAUGGCUUUUACAGCACCUGAAGUGUCGUAAAGGAAACCCGUGGUCCGACUUAUCUCCUUCAUUUUGAAGCGAUUUUUUAACGUCUUGUAACAUGAAUGCUUUAUUGUUGGUUUAUACUCUUUUGUAGCAGCUCGGUAACUGUUACAGGAACACUUUAAUGGGCGGAAGCUAACAGAGAAGCCUUUUGGAAACAAUGGCUGCAGAUGACGAACAAGAACCGUCGUGUUUAAAAGAAAAUGGGCAACUAAACAUAAUCCUGCAUUCUGCGGUCAACUCCAAUACUCAGCUGCUACCAGACACAUCUUUAAUCUAUAAUAAGAAAGGUUUUAAGGCAAAGAAAAAUAUAGAGUCAUGUGAGAAAAAACAGACAAAACUGAAAUCCUUUCAUUGCGAUGACUGUGGUAAAAGGUUCAACAGGAAAGAAAGUUUAGACAAUCAUGUGCGAAUCCACACUGGAGAGAAACCGUUUGGUUGUGAUGUUUGUGAACUGAGUUUUAGGAAAAAGACACAUUUGAAGGCGCACAUGAGAACACACACAGGGGAGAAACUGUUUGAGUGUGCAGUGUGUGGGCAAAGCUUUAGCCAUCAAUCCACUAUAAACACACACAUGAGAACACACACAGGACAGAAGCCUUUUUGUUGUGAUGUCUGUGGAAGAAGGUUUAGUCAAAAGACGCAUUUAAAAAAACACAUGGGAAUCCACACGGGACAAAAACCAUUUGGUUGUGAUGUUUGUGAACAAAGAUUUAGCCAAAAGACAAAUUUAAAACGGCACAUGAGAGUCCACACGGGACAGAAACCCUUUCAAUGUGAUUUUUGUGGACAAAGUUUUAGCCAUAAAUCAACUUUAGACACACACUUGAGAAUCCACACAGGACAGAAACCAUUUGGGUGUGAUGUUUGUCUGAAAAAAUUUAGCCGAAAGACACUUUUAAAUGCUCACAUGCGAAUCCACACAGGACAGAAACCAUUUGGUUGUGGUAUUUGUGGUGAAAGCUUUAGCCUAAAGACACAAUUAAAGCAUCAUGUUAGAAUUCAUUCAGAACCAAAACAUGUUGAUUGUGGUGUUUGUGGGCGAAGAUUUGGUGAUCUGUCAACUUUGAACAGACACAUGGGAAUCCACACAAGACUCACACCCUUCGAUUGUGACGUUUGUGGGAGAAAAUUUAGCCGUAAAACAAAUUUAAACAGACACAUGAGAAUCCACACUGGGGAGAAACCAUUUUGCUGUGAUGAUUGUGGACACAGUUUUGGUUACAAAACAAGUUUAAAUAAACACAUGAUAACCCACACAGAAAACAAGGCAGCACAUGAUUCCAACCAAGAAAAAAACUGUUUAGCUGUAAAAAUCAAGACAACACCAAGAAAUCAAAUAGAAAUCACAUAAAUUAGAAACAGACAAUUCCACAGUUUGUUGUUCAAUAGUAGUGUGGAAAUGUGUUGUCACUAACGUCUGUGGUUUUAUUUGGUUAAAUGUGUGUAUAUAUAUCUCAGCUUUUUUCUUUAUCAGUUCAAGUUUAUAUAGCGCCAAAUCACGACAAGAGUCGUCUCAAGACACUUCACACAGUAAACAUUCCAAUACAGGUCAAUUCAUUAAGCCAAUCAGAAAAAAGUUUCCUAUAUAAGGAACCCAGCAAAUUGCAUCAAGUCACUGACAAGUGUCAGUGACUUUACAGCAAUCCUCAUACUAAGCAAGCAUGCAGCGACAGUGGAGAGGAAAACUCCCUUUUAACAGGAAGAAACCUCCAGAGAAUCCUGGCUCAGUAUAAGCAGCCGUCCACCACGACUCACUGGGGAUUAAGAAGACCGAGCAGACGCGCACACACACACACACACACACACACACACACGCACACACACACACACGUGUAAUGUUUCAAUGGUUACAUUGUGGUUUCUUAGUAAAUAUUCUAUUAGAUGAGAGAUCAACUUUAUUGUAUUUAUCCUAGUGAAUCUGUAAUUAAACGGGUAACUUUUGAUCUUUUA